GAAGAGGUACGGCUACGAAUUAACGGACGUGAACGCGAGCGAAUGCACGAUCUAAACACAGCAUUGGACAGCCUAAGACAAGUUAUGCCUUACUCUCAAGGACCCUCGGUGAAAAAACUGUCCAAAAUGUCCACAUUAUUGUUAGCCAGGAACUAUAUAGUGAUGCUGACU